AUUUAUAGAUUAACUUUUUUUUUUUUUUUUCUUUGUAAUAAAAAUAAGACACUAAAAAUUUUCUUUGGGAAUCCGCAAAUCUUCCAGUUAAAAUUUUGAAUAUUUCAAAUAUCUUUCCAUUCUUAUAAACAAUGAACCCCGAAGAAAUCAAUUUCAGUGAUGGCGACCUUAUGGAUGUGGAGAUCAAAACUGAUGAGAUAACUGAAAAUUUGCCACCAAAAAGAGUUUAUGGAGCAGUUAGUGAUGAAGCAUUGGAAACUUUAAACGAACUGCGUUGCAGUAAUUCGUUAUGCGAUGCCAAAAUAUCAGUACCGGAUGGAUCUUUUAAUGUCCAUCGAGCAAUUAUGAGCGCUUGCAGUUCGUAUUUUCGAGCUCAAUUUACCAGCCGCGUGUCAACACCACAUGAGGACAAAGACAAUUAUAAAAACCAAGUCUAUGUACCAACAAUAAGUGCCUCUAUUAUGGAGGAAGUCAUUAACUAUGCCUAUCUGCGAAAAUGCACCAUUAACGCUGAGAAUGUCCAUGAACUUUGGGUUUGGGCGGAUUACUUUGGCAUACUGGGGUUAAUGAAAAUCUGUGAGCAAUAUCUGAUCGAAAUGCUUACGCCAGAGAAUUGUAUCGGCCUAAUGGGUUUUGCAAGAACUUACCCACUCAAAGAUUUAUAUGACAAGGCUCGAAAUUAUGUGAUGCGUUAUUUCCCCGAUGUUGUGUGUAAGAGUAAAGAAAUUCUACAAUUGAAUAUAAUGAACUUUUAUGAUAUUAUAAGCGAUGACGAAUUGAAUACACGCGACGAGGAUCUUGUCUGGAAGUUAUGCCUCAAAUGGAUUGACGAAGACCCCGAAGACCGCAUGAAACAUAUAGCCCAAUUAAUGUUGGGAGUGCGCUUGGCUUUAAUGACCCCAAAGUGUUUUAUGGAAGAGGUCAAGGAACACCCCUACGUUGCCAGCAAUGAAGAGACUAAACCUUUGAUAGUGGAAACCAUUCGAUUUAUGUAUGAUUUGAAUGUAUUGAAUCCCACAGGCGGCGAGUUGACCACACCUCCUUUGGCAAUGCCUCGCUUGCCGCAUGAAAUAAUUUUUAGCAUAGGUGGCUGGAGUGGUGGCACCUCGAAGGGAUGCAUCGAAACAUAUGACACGCGCGCCGAUAGAUGGGUGCAAAUAUCAGCCGAAGAUCCAGCUGGUCCCAGAGCCUAUCAUGGUGCGGCUGUAAUUGGCUACAAAAUCUAUUUAAUCGGUGGCUAUGAUGGUUUGGAAUACUUCAAUACAUGCCGUGUGUUUGAUGCAUCUACAAAGUCCUGGAAUGAGAUUGCUCCCAUGCAUUCGCGUCGUUGCUAUGUAAGUGUGGCCUUACUCAAUGGCCUGAUAUAUGCCAUUGGAGGAUAUGAUGGUAACAGUCGCCUUAACACUGUGGAACGUUACAAACCCAAGACUAAUCAAUGGACUAUGGUAAACUCCAUGAACUUGCAACGAUCUGAUGCAAGUGCCUGUACGCUAAAUGGAAAAAUAUAUGCAGUGGGUGGCUUUAAUGGUCAUGAGUGUCUGAACAGUGCCGAAGUGUUUGAUCCCAUAACCGAAGUUUGGACACGUAUACCGAAUAUGCAUGAACGCCGUUCGGGAGUGUCAUGUGUGGCCUUUCGCGGAAUGGUGUACGUGGUUGGUGGCUUCAAUGGAGUUGCCCGUUUGGUCACAGGGGAGCGUUUCGAUCCGGCCUCUCAAACUUGGUCACCAAUUGGUGAAUUGAAUAUCGCGCGUAGUAACUUUGGUCUGGAAGCCAUUGAUGAUAUGAUUUUUGCCAUAGCGGGAUUCAAUGGUGUCUCCACUAUAUCCCAUGUUGAAUGUUAUGUGCCCGAAACGAAUGAAUGGAUGGAGGCAGCCGAUAUGAAUAUUGUACGAUCGGCACUUACAGCAAAUAAAAUCGAUGGUCUACCCAAUAAACGGGAUUAUAUUCAUAAGGAACGAAAUCGACUAUUGGAAGAACGUCGUCAACGCUUAUUAAGCAAUGCUGUGAUAAAUGUAGGUGCAAAUAUAUCGGAGUCAAAUGCUUCGAUGGUAAUGGCACAGGAAAAUGGCUUAAAUGAACAUGACUUACUUGCCCAAGAUGAUGAUGUUGAUGUUGAUAUAGAUGUUGCAGAUAUUGAUUUACAAAACCUGAAUAUUCCAGUUGGAGCACCUGCUAUCUUUAAUAUGCGUGACAAUGAUCCCAAUCCAAGAUUUAGAAAUCAAGCAAGGGCCCAUCGUUUUGGUUCACAUCAUGAAAUGCGCAGAAGAUUUUAAAGCUAUGCGAGGGAAGAAUGAAAUUCUCAAUUUAAAGAGGAUAGCAAAAAAUCAGGAAAAGAAAACCAAACUCAAGUCAAAAUUAACUUUAAAUUCUUCAAAUGAAAAUGUGUAAGGUUUGAACUAGUGUGGAAGAAAAUUGAACUAAAUUUGACUUAAGAAAAAUUUUAAAUAAAAUCUUGUUUGAACCGUUGA